UUAGCCCGGGAGAAAGUGAGCGGCCGGCUGGCGCGAGGCAGGAGCGGGCAGGCGCGCGGGCUCUGCGGCUCCCGCGGCACCAUGAGCGCUGCCGGGCCUGGGCCCGGGCCCAGCCUGCAGCCGCUGCUGGAGACGCUGGAGGACGCGGCUGCGCCCGCGGGGGAGCUCACCGACGCGCUCCUCACCCUCGUCAAUCGCCUAACUGGUGAGGCAGGAAAAGAAUUCACUGCAGACGUUAGGAAACACUUUCCUCGGCUGUGUAAAGUAUUUAAGGCACACAUUUCUAGUGAAAACUCAGAGCUGUGUAGUGCAGCAUUACAAGCUUUAGGAUUCUGCGUGUUUAACUCGAAGAUUACAUCUGAAUUAUCUGCAACUGAAAUGCAAGAAUUACUUUCAACAGUGAGCAGUAUUGCUCUAAAAACCUCAGACAAAAACACUCGCACUCGAGCACUUUGGGUGAUCUCUAAGCAGACAUUUCCUUCUGAAAUUGUUGGGAAGGAGGUGCCCAGUAUCAUUUCUACACUAGAAAUGAUACUUACUAAAGGAGAUGUACAUUCCAUGGUUGUUGAAUAUGAAGCACUAAAUGUUAUUAUACGUCUAAUGGAACAGGCUCCAACUCAAAUGGGAGAAGAGGCUGUGAGGUGGGCAAAGCUGAUCAUUCCUUUGGUUGUCCAUUCGGCUCAUAAGGUGCAAUUGCGAGGUGCAGCUGCAUUGGAGAUGGGUAUGCCAUUGUUACUUCAGAAACAACAAGAAGUGGCAGCCAUCACUGAACAUCUUAUGUCUACUAAGCUAAUUUCAGAACUGCAAAAAUUAUUCUCAACAAAGAAUGAGACCUAUGUGCUGAAACUGUGGCCUUUAUUUGUCAAGCUACUUGGAAAGACACUUCAUCGUAGUGGCAGUUUUAUCAACUCAUUGUUGCAACUGGAAGAACUUGGAUUCCGUAGUGGAUCACCAGUGGUAAAGAAAAUAGCCUUCAUUGCAUGGAAGAGUCUGAUAGAUAAUUUUGCUCUGAAUCCAGAUAUAUUGUGCAGUGCAAAAAGGCUGAAAUUGCUAAUGCAGCCGUUGAGCUCUAUCCAUGUGAGAACAGAGGCUUUGGCAUUGACGAAACUGGAGGUUUGGUGGUAUUUACUGGUGAGACUUGGACCUCAGCUGCCUGCCAACUUUGAACAGGUUUGUGUUCCAUUAAUCCAAAGCACUUUAAGUCCAGAUUCUUCUGCUAUACUUCAAGGAACUCUUUCCCGUGCAUCAGCCACUGCAGCACCUACACAGAAAUCAGGUUCUUAUUCAUUUGGAAGUCCAGGCACCCCACGGCUUAAUUUCAACUCCAGCAUAGCAGGAAUGUUGGUGAUUCCCUCCAUUCAGCUCUUGGGAAUUGAAAUGCUGCUUCACUUCUUGAUGGGGCCAGAUGUUUUGACUUUUGCCCAGCAAAGCAAACUUGUACUUAGUCUAGAGCCUCUCCAGUAUCCACUGAUCAGUAGCCCUUCCUUUUUUUGUAAGCAUGCAAGCACGCUUAUAAAUGCAGUUCAGGAUGGCUUCAUUGCAAUUGGAAAAGAAGUUCCUGAUGCCAUGCUGAAUGUUGUCUGGAAGGAUAUGAUCAGUUAUGUGAAGGUAGCUAUUGAGUCAGGCCAUAAAAAGGAGAGACAGGGUUCAGAAGUGUUAACAAUAUUGCUUCAAGCCUUAAAGAACAUAGUUGAAUCAACUGCACUUCCUGUCCAGAAAACAUUGUCCCUUAUAGAAAUUACAAUUAAGGAAUUGCCUCCAAAAGUGUUGGGAUCACCAGCAUACCAGAUUGCUGAUAUGGAUCUUUUAAAUGGGACUCCAGCUUUGUUCUUAAUUCAACUGCCUUUCCGUACUAAUCUUUUGGAAUGGUGUGUAACAGAAGAGAGGUUCUUCACAAAUCUAGAAAUCCUUGUGAGUUGUGUUUUAUCUGGUCCUACAUCUCCUUUGGCAUUCAGUGAAUCUGUGUUCAGCAUCAUUAAUGAAAGUGCAAAACAGGUGGAAAAUAAGGAGCAUCUCUGGAGAAUAUGGAGUAUUGUAGUUAACCCACUAACUGAAUGGAUUAAUAAGAGUAAUGAAGUAAAUCAGGGUGAUGCACUGGAACACAACUUUAAUGCUGUUUAUAAUGCAUUAUUGCUACCUAUAAGUCAUAUAUUCCCUGUUCAGGAAUUUCCCCAGCCCACUAUGAAGUCUCUGUUGCGUACCUGGUCAGACUUAUAUAGAGUAUUUGCCCGCUGUGCAUCUUUAGUGGCAACAGCAGAAGAAAACUUGUGCUGUGAAGAACUUUCUGCCAAAAUAAUAGCUGGACUAGAACAUAAAGAUAUAAAUAGUUUCUCAAUGGUGGAUAGCCUCACGCACAUCAUAUCAGUUAUGGUGGACUGCAUCAAUUUUGCACCAUAUGGUACUAAAUAUCAGCCGAAAAACAGAUCUCCACAGACACCAACAGAUUGGUCUAAGAAGAAAAGGGAGCCACUUGGAAAGCUUGCCUCCUUAUUUAAACUUCUAGUGAUGUUGGUAAACUCUUUCCAUGUGCUCAGUUCCAAAGAGAUCAACUCAGAAUCAUUAAUCUCUGUUGGCAGUUCAAUUAUUGCUGUUCUUCACAACGUUAUCAGCCAUGUUUCUUUGCCAUCAGUGAUCAGAACUAUGUUUGCAACUCUGUCAAAACCACUGGCAGUAUUUUAUGAAAAAACAAAGCUUACUGAUGUACCCAAAGGCUACAGUGGUUUCAGCCACAAGUUAGAAAAGCUGUUGGCAGAGAUCAUCCUGUGUUUACAGUCCCACUAUACUGGGCCUUAUGACAGUCAACUUUUAAAGCAGCUUUCUCCAUUGCUGCAUGUCGUGUUUCUUCAUAAGAGUAAACAGAUACGCAACCAAAGUGCUCAGUUCUGGAAUGCAACAUUUGCUAAGGCUACAGCGUUAACAUACCCUGAAGAAUUAAAAUCUAUCUUGAGCCAAGCCAAGCAGAAAAUUCUACUCUUAUUACCUGGUUUUGAAAGUGUUGAGAUAGUGGAAGAAUCUAGUGGUCCAUUUUCUGAUAUGACAGAAAAUUCCCAGUGGGAUGCAAAGAUAAGCGGAAUAGAAGUAAAAUUGGGUGGAAAAAGGGAUUCCUUGCUGUCCCAGGCCAGUGAACAAAAAGACAAGAUUACUAAUGUUCAUGUCACACCAGCAAAGGUAACAUCCAUACAGUUGAAACUAGAAUUUUCAUCUUCAAAGCCUAAAAGUGAUAUACUCUUGGAGGAAGAGAAAUCUGCUGAUUUUGUGUUCAUUCCUCCAGAAACAAAAGAGAGGAUAUUGACAGAACACCAAAAAGAAGUACUUAAGACAAAGAGAAUUGACAUUCCUGCCAUGUACAAUAAUCUGGAUGCAUCCCAAGAUACUACCUUAUUUUCUCAAUACAGUCAGAGCCAAGAAGAUUCUUUGGGGAAAACUCCAUUAAUAGACAUUCCAAAAGAAGAAAAUGAAAAGAAGCUUCAGGAUGAAAAUAUGAAAAGUAAUGUAUACAAUAGUGAAACACGCACACCUGCAGAGAAUGGCCAGUUAAGCAGUGCUGUUGAAAGAGCUGCCUUUGUGAAUACUGAAAACAAAUCCAUUACCCAAGUGAAAGAGAACUCAGAUUCAAAAUGUGAGGAGGAUUUUGAAAAAGGUACAACUGAUGCAGUCUUGAAAGAGCUUUCAGCAGAAGAUGAUUCAAAAAAAUGUACAAGUGAAAUAGUUUCAAAAGAGCCUUCAGUAGGAGAUGAAAAUGUGUCAAACAGCAGCAACAGUUCAUCUUCUAGUGACAUAAUUUCUGGAACACCACAACCUGCAAGUAGAAGGCAAUCUUUCAUUACCUUGGAAAAAUUUGAUAGUUCAGAAAACAGACCCUUUAGUCCUUCUGCAUUAAGUAGGUUGUCAGGAGCAUCUGGAAUUAUUGAUAUGCCAGAUAAACAGGAAACCAUAGAUAUACCAAAGACUCCCACCAAAGCAGAAGAACCUGAGGAGGAGAAGGAUAGAAGUACUUUAGAACCAGAAACUGAAGGAACAGUUACUGCAACAAAAAAACUAAGUCACAGGCAAAAUAAAACUGAGCUCAGUGACAAUAGGCAAUCUAAAUUGUUAACAAGAUCAGAAGAGGAGAGUAAUAUACAAGAGUUGGCGGUUGCUCUCCACACGGAAAAUAAAUCUGAGCUAUCUACUCAGGUGGAAGAGAUAGAAUGUAUUCCAGAUACACAGUCACACACUCCCAAUUCCACAGUGAUAGAGAGUAUAGCAAUAGAGAAUAAGCUAUUUGUGGAUGGUGGUGAGGAGGUAGGAAAAAGUAAGGGAUCAAAUCUGGAUUGUAAAGAAAAUACACCUCCCUUGGUUGCUGUAUCAAGUGACUUAGUAAAUAAAGAUGACAAUCAGAUUCCACAUGUGGCAGCUAAUCAGAAAGCAUUAAGGCGUUCUUUAAGAAGACGAUCAGAAAUUGCAGAAGCUACAGCAGGAAAUCAAGACAAAGAAAACAGCCACCAAAAAACCAAACGUAAAGAAGAUGAAAAGUCUGUCCAAAAGAAGGUGCCGCAAGUUAAAGAGGACUCCUCUCAAAAGCAGAAAUUAAUUUCUGAGAAAGGUGUAGAUGCACAAAUAAAAGUAAAUAAAAAAGAGAAUAACUUAAAUGAGAAGACUGCUGAAGAUGAUGUUGGUUCAAAGGAGUCAUGCACAUCAGCAGGUCUUGAAGAAACGAACAAAAGCAUCAGGAAAGUGGAAGAUAAUCUGAAGUCUGAAAUGGAUCAUCAAGAUUCUGGGUCAGAUAUAAUGGGUCAGAAAAGGAGUCGCCCACGAUAUCAGACAAGAAGAGCAUCACAAGGUUUACUUUCCAGCAUAGAAAAUUCUGAAUCUGAUAGCUCUGAGACAAGGGAGGAAAGCGCAAAGAAGAAGAAAACUGGAAAAUGGAAAAAUAAAAGUGAUUCUGUUGAAAACAAAGUGAAAGAGGGAAAAACAGAAAGCCAAAAUCAGGAGUUAUCUUUACAAGAAAAUGUAACUGAGAUUAGGAACCUGCCUGAUACCAAAAUUAAAGAUGAAACAAAUCCUGAUCUGCCUGUGGAUGAAACCACAGGAAUUACAGACUUAGCAAAAACUUCCCUUGGACAGAACACAGAUGUGGAGCAAAAUGAAACCAGCGUACUAACAAAAGCUCUCAUAAGCCCAGGUACAUCUGAGCCAGUUUUGAAAACAAGGCAGGAAAAUAAAUCCUUUGAUAAGCAAAGAAAUGUAGAAGACUGUAGUGGAAGUGAUCUGGUCAAAUUUGAAGCAGGAACUAAUAAUUCUGAUGCUGCUCUUUCCUCCGAGAAACCUCUGCAGAUACCUGGCUGCCAGCACAAAAGAAGCAAGAGAUUGAGAAGGUCAAGGAGCUGCGAUUGCUGUGGGGAAAAGUCACAACAGCAAGAAAAGUCAUUCACUGAAUUAAAAAAUACCAAUAUUAAUGAAAUAAGUGAGACUAAAAAAACACCUAUGCGAACAACUGUGAGUACAUCAGAAGUAUUACCGAACAGCUCAGAUUUUGAUGCAGACUCUUCUGUGGGACCUUGUGCAACAAGCACACCAUUGCUUCCUACUAAAGAAUCUAGUAUCUUUGAUUCAGAAAGGGGGUUAAAAUCUGAGAGUGAUUUGCAAGGAAGUGCAUCUCCAGUGAAGGGUGGAGAUACUGAAAAUUUGCCAUGUAUCAAGAGUGAACUUUGUGAUUCUGUAACUGAAACACGAGAAUGUGCUAGUCAGGCUGACAGACGUGAAGAAUGUUUGACCGAGUAUGUUUCCAAAGAGCCCAAAGAAGAGAGGUGCCUUGCUUUGGAGAAUGAGAGUAAAGAGCCAGUAUGUACAGAAAAAAAAGACAUAGGUGAAAAUACACAACCAGAGCAAUUACCUGAUGCAGAAAGAAUUAGUAACUGGUUUGAAGAAACAAAGACAAAUGAGCCAGAAAAUGUUCAGAACACUACAGAAGGGAAUCAGAACAUUUCUGUAAAGACCAGCAGUCCUCAGGAUAGUGAGAUGAAGGAGGAAGGUUUAAUAAUCAGUGAGGGUGAAGUUGCAUCUACAGUACCUGAAAAGGUAACCUCAGACCAAGAGGGUGGAGAAGGAAGUGACAACAUGGAUUCUCCACAGAAGAUGAAAAAUCUUGAUUCUGUAGCUUUGGUUAAAGUUAAUGAAAGCCCUAAUGGAGUGCAGACCCGUUGCACAUGGUCUCCCUUGGCUUCUCCAUCCACUAGUAUUUUAAAGAGGGGUCUUAAAAGACAGCAAGAGGAUGAUUCCCCAUCACCUGCUAACAAGAUUCGUCGAGUCUCUUUUGCAAAUCCAAUUUACCAAGAGGAAUUGGCAGAUGAUAUUGAUAGGAGAAGUCCUGUUGUUAGGUCUUUUUCUUCCUCAAAUAGUUCACCAUCUUCACGAAGUCUUAAAACUUCUUCCAGUAACCAAACCAAGCAUAUUACCACUCCAACCAAAGGAUUUCUGUCCCCCGGAUCUCGUAACCUUAAAUUUAAGAGCUCAAAGAAGUGUUUAAUUACUGAGAUGGCCAAAGAAUCGCCGUCUUGUCCUUCAGAGUGUGUGUACCCUGCCUUGGUAGGCUGUAAAGCGCCAGUCGAUAUCAUUUUACCUCAGAUUACAUCAAACAUUUGGGCACGGGGACUGGGGCAGCUCAUUCGAGCAAAGAACAUUAAGACAGUGGGUGACCUGAGUUCCUUGACAGCAUCUGAAAUAAAAAUGCUUCCCAUCCGCUCUCCUAAAGUUUCCAGUGUUAAAAAGGCUUUGAAAGGAUAUCAUGAGCAACAGGUAAAGGCUCGUGGAUUUGAGGAAAUUGCAGCCCUUGAAGAUACAGAGAAGCCAUUAAGUGUUAUGGAGGAGAAGGCUUUUUCUACAGAGGAAGAAAGACUUGCAACAGAUUUGGUAGAACCAGCUGUCUUGAACACAGACGCACAACCCAGAGCAGACCUUUUGAGCCAAAUCAGUGCCCUUGCUGCUCAGCUAACUCCUGAAGAGCUCCAUAGUUAUUCAGGAAGUCAGCUCUUUGAAAUGCAAGAGAAACUUGGUAAUAUGACAAACUGUAUUAUGAAAAAUCUACAGUCCCGCUGGCAGUCACCACCCCAUGAAAUUUCUGAUUAGUCAUUUAUACUUUUUAACCAGGAGUUUUUGUUACAAGAAACAAAUUUCUGAAACCCAACUGUUUGUUACUGGCAAUGUGGCGUACUUCAACUGAGCAUUCAAGUAGUAAAAACUUUUUAAAGACCGAGGCAGACAAAAUGUAUCACGGUAUAUGUUUAACAUUUUUAAUUUGUUGGAGUACCCUUUCUGUGUUUAGAAGUAUUUGUAUUUUACUGCUAUGCAUAGGUAUUUUUCAAGUAAUUAAAAGAAAAAAAACUAAAAUUUGUUAAGAUGUGCAAUAGCAAAGGCUGUGAAACUUAAAACUACAGAGUAUCUUAAUAUUUUUUUUAAAUGUAAAGUGUUUUUAUUUCUGUGAAGCCUUAAUAAAUGUAAAAGGUUAAGCUCAUAACUACUGAAACCUAAGUGUUGCCCAGUUUUACCUAGUGCUCAUGUUAAUUUCCCUUUUUUGCUGGUAUCUUUAGAGGAAUUACCUCUAUGUCAGAUUAGAUACUACUGCCAUGAAUUAAUCAGUCAGCACAGUGUAUCUCAAAACCCCCCUAAAGAUCCCAUUGUCAAGCACCAGGAUUGAUUUAUGUCUUUGCAUGAUCUUCUUAACUACAGAGAUUACUCUGGUAUUGCCCAUGAGGUAAAAGGGUUUGGAUGCAGAAUUUCUCAGGCUCCUUUCUCAGGCCUUUAAAAUUUUAUAUGCAGCAUUGUUCCCUUGUGUGGAUGACUCUUCUGUGGGACACGAACAGAUGUGACAUGCACAACUUUGUAUAUUAUGUAUAGAUUUCUGAUUUCAAAUGUUGGCUGUAAUUUAUGACUGAAUUUUGGUUGCAUGGAAUGCACUGCUGCUUCUCAAAGACCAUGGUCAGUGAGAGUUCAUAGGAUUUAUUGUGGAAAGAUGAUUUGUAUAUAAUGUACUGUAGUUACUGGAAUGAGCAGUCACUUAAUGGGAUUGCUGCAGGCGGUUUUAGGUCUUCUAUAUGUACAAAUAAAACAAAUAGUUCCCUAA